AUGGCAGAAGACAAGAACCAACCCUCUCAAGCGUCGCAACCAAAAUAUUCUAGAUACAGAUCCGUAAGAGCUGUAUCUUCGAAAACCGAAUCCUCCCCUUCAAGACAAGAUGUCCAUCAAAAUCAAAACUCGUCCAUGGCUAGAACCAAGAGUAUGUCAAGAUAUCGACGACCGAAGUUGGCUCUCCAAACCGAAGAUUCACCCCCUGUGCCCGCCUUACCAAAUUCGCAUGGCCCAACGAAAUCUCCAAAUCCUGCUGCGAGAAUUCCAAUGACAAGGCGAACAACUGAUCUAGAUGAGACUGCGACUGGUCUUCCAAAAAAUUAUGCGCAAACUAGACGCCCCAUUCCACAUCGAUCGCAAACACAUUUGGGAGCGACGGGAGAACUUCAAGAUUACAAUGAGCGACAACAAAGUUGUGAGCCAAAUUAUAAUAGCGAUAAUGGCAUAAGUCAACAACAUAAAGUUCUCUCUUCUUCGCAUUCCCCUCCACCGGUUUCCCUUCCCGUUCAACUGAGCGACGAGGAGACGGAGAGAAUCUUGGCAGAACAGAAGCGCAAGGAUUUGGAGAGACUGGAAGCAACACUGGAUGCAGCCGCGAACGAACCUGCUAGGACUCCUCCUCAGAAGUUCGGGUUCUUUAGCAAUAGAAGACGUGCUACUACAACAACCAGACCCAACCCACCUGCUUCAUUCGGUAAUAUUGCGUCACUGCAGCGCGCAAUCGCUGAUGGACCUCCCAUAAAUGAUGCGCCUGUCAUAAAUCCAGUGGGGAUUCAGCAGGGUGGUGGAGGGAUAGUGCCGCAAACCGAUGCCCCAAUCUCAGCAUCAAAUGCGCCAGAGAGGAGAGUUUUGAUUCGUUGCAAACAGUCAUCAAUUAAUCUACCAGUUGACGGAGAUACGACUCCCAUUGAAAUAAUCAACUCUGCUGCCAACAUCAUGUCGGCUAAUAUCAAUCCACGCACAGCUGUAUUGCUGGAAUCAUAUGCAACCCUUGGCCUAGAACGCAAAAUUCGACGUUAUGAACAUGUCAGGGAUAUAAUGAAUUCUUGGGACCGAGAUACACAAAAUGCUCUUAUUUUGGAGGGUUCCGAUUUCACCGAUGAAAAUCUAGAAGCAUCAUAUGUGCUAAAAGACGCACCUAAAGAUGUUACAGUACAACUGUACCAUUCCCAAAAACCUGGCAAAUGGAACAAACGCUACAUCACGCUUCUUUCUUCUGGUCAAGUAUUCAUUUCCAAAAAGUCGGGGACGGGCCUGAAUGACAAAGACUCUACAAAUAUUUGUCACCUGUCAGAUUUCGACAUUUACACUCCGACAGCACACCAAAUCAGGAAAGUUCUUAAACCUCCAAGGAAGAAUUGUUAUGCCAUCAAGAGUCAACAAAAAACAUCAAUGUUCUUAAGUACUGAGAACUUUGUACACUUCUUUUGUACCGAUGAUCAGAUUGCGGCAAAUGCGUGGUAUUCUGCAGUUCAAAGUUGGAGAAGCUGGUACUUGGUGAACAAAAAGGGUGAAGGGCAGAAAAAGGCUACGAAAACUGUGAAAGCAAUGAAAACAAAAAUUGGAUCAAGGCCAGGAACAGGAACCCGAGGUGCUCAAACACAUAGGAUUAAUGUUUCUGUGGACGAAGAUCCAUAUAUGAUUGGGUCGUUCAAGCCAUUGCUUGAUAUGGAUCGUUUCGACCGAUCAGAAGCAGAUGAUUCGGCCAACGAGGACGAGAAGUCCAAGCAGGUUCCUUUUCAUCUACGAAAUACCUCUACAAUAGCACCACUUCCUCGCCUUGCAAGAGAUCGACCACCGGUAGCUUACCGAACACCACCUCAAGAAGAUCAAUUCGCAUCGGGUGGAUUGUUAGGAAGAACAUAUUCGGACCGUCAAAAAGCACAACAGGAACGGGAGAACAGCCUUAAGAAUGGAUCUUUUAUUGAUGGCCCAACACUCAUUAACAGCAGUACAGCUCAAUCUCGAACCAUGUCCAUGCCCACCAAAGACAAACGCCCGGAAACUGCCAAUGCUGCAAAUACUAGUCUCCAACGUAGUCCCAGCAGCAAGAAACCUAAACCUCUACUAGAUUUCACACCGCAAUUCGAAGAGGCUCCGCAAUGGAACAAAAAAGGCAAGGGGCAUGGUGUAGCGGCUCCUUCUGGGCUUCUCUUGGUUGAGGCGGCGAAUACGCCGGAGAUGGGGUUAGUUGAUAUUCCGAAGACGAAUACGGUGUUUAGGAGGGAGACGACGAGCCAGAGGCCUAGGACUGGUACAAAUGGGAGAGAUAGGGAUCAUUCGGGAAAUAGGGAUCCAUUUGUUAAGGGUGGGUUGAUUAGUGGGAGUACUGGUGGAGGUGGAGGUGGAGGUGGGAGGAGUGUAGUUGGGGGUUCGUUGACAAAUACUGGUAAAGAUAGAGGAAGGUCAGGGUAUGAGUGA